AUUCAGCCCCUAGGGUUUUGGUUGUGCGACGAAUAUAAGCCAACCUAACGGCUAACGCCUCUGCUCUUUCUUCUCGGUCGCAGCUUCGCCAUCUUCUCGCUCCCAUUUUUGGUGCUUUAACAUUGUACAUUUUUGCUAGUAUCAAAUCACUUUGCUAAGAUGCAGAACGACGAGGGACAAAAUAUGGAUCUGUACAUUCCGAGGAAGUGCUCGGCCACAAAUAGGCUGAUCACUUCUAAGGAUCAUGCAUCUGUCCAGAUUAAUGUUGGUCAUUUGAAUGAGAAUGGUGUAUAUGAUGGAAAGUACACCACCUUUGCUUUGUGUGGAUUUAUUCGUGCACAGGGCGAUGCAGAUAGUGGUCUUGAUAGGCUCUGGCAGAAAAAGAAAGUUGAAGUCCGCCAACAGUGAUGUCUUCUGGUGGCUGCGUUUACUGUUGUGCACAUUGUGAUGUGCGUUUGGUCUGGUUUUACAAUGCCGUACACUCUAAAUCAUAUCCUUGAUUUUGAAGUAUGAGUUUUGCACAAAUAUUUGUUGUCUUGUGUUAGAGUCUACUUUAAACUGUAAUGCAAACUUUGAAUCCUUUGAAUUAUGAAAACCAUGAUCUGCUCUCUCUGUUUUCAAGUUCUAUGGUGGCUCUGUUCAUCACUAUUCGUCUAUUCAUUUGGUAAACAUACAUUUCCAGCUUGCUUAUUA